AUGAGCAGGACCCGCUUCUGCUAUGGUUUCCUGCUCAUGUCUCUGAUGAUGAAUCCGCGACGCAUGUCGAAACGUCAGGCGGAUAAACGUAUUGUGCCAGUGAUCGAGUCGUCUUCUUCUCACAUGCGCAAUCCACUGUAUCAUGCGAUAGCGAAAUGGUUGGCGGAGAAUCUCAAGCCUUUGCAGCAUCAGCUGGCGCCACGGAGCUAUCGAGACACGUUUAAAUUUAUCGACAACCUGAACGAUGUAAACUUAAGCGGCAUGGGGAUGUUCUCUCUAGGCGUCUCUUCGUUGUUUACAAACGUCCCAGUUACCGAGACAAUCGACCAAAUAUACAGACGAAUAGAUGGCAUUGCCAUAGGCUCGCUUCUGGGACCUCUCCUAGCUGACAUAUUCAUGGGCAAGCUGGACAAAUUUCAACUUAGCGAUCAGAUCUACAAGUUAAAACCCUACGGUCACUACGUUGACGACAUCUUCGCGAUCGCCACAAACGACACCAAUAUAUACACACUCUUAAACGCGGUCAAUCAAGCACAUCCAUCCAUAGAGUUCAAGUUGGAGAUGGAAACAGCAGUUUCGUUCCCUUUCCUGGACGUCCUCCUAAGUCGUAGACCUGACGAAAACAUCUAUGGCUUUGGGAACGAGGACAGUUGUAAAACGACUGAAGAAGUUGACGUCUUUAACACCCUGGAAAGACGCUGGGGUAAGGUGGCUCCAAUGCACAAGGCACGUAAUAUGGUGGGCGCUGUUGUUCUUAAGCAAAGAAUAUUCGUCUGUGGAGGAGGCGACACUUCUUGUGAAAUCUACGACCCACCGACAGAUACGUAA